AUGCAAGUAAAUGUAUUUUGUGUAGUGAAAUUCAUAGAUUUAUUAUCCUUAAAACUUAACCAUCAAAUACGAUUGAGCGACGGCACACAACAACGUCAUAAUAAUUUUAGUACUGAAAUAAAUCUGCAUGUAAUUCCUUAUAUUUGCAAUGAAUUACCAUCCCAUCAUUUAAAAAAAGAUCAUGUGAAAAUUCCAGAAAUAGUUAAAGAUCAGUUGGCAGAUCCCGGUUAUGGAGUUCCGGGAGAAAUCAAUUUGUUACUUGGUGCAGAAGUGUUCUACACUCUAUUCAUUGGUGAUAAAAUCGAUAUUGAAAGCAAUUUAACAUUUCACAAAACUUUGCUUGGCUGGGUGCUUACUGGAAAGGUGUUUAGCAGCCAGUUUAGUCACUUUGAAACAUCUGCUUACACAUGCUUCAACGAAGAAAGUACUAAUUCUGCGUUAUCAUUACUAGUUACCAAGGCAAAUAUUCGUCGAAGCGAUGAAGAACUAGUUGAAAAACAUUACAAAGAUACUCACUACAGAGAUGAGUCUGGGAGAUUUGUCGUGCGACUUCCAUUCAAUGAUAAUGUUAGUCUUCUUGGUGAGUCCAGUUACAUGGCUCAGCGUCGAUUUCUUAAUUUAGAGAGGCGCUUGUGCAAGGAUAAGGACCUAGGCAUUGCUUAUCAUAAAUUCAUAGCAGAGUACUUGGACAUGAAUCAUAUGAAUUUGAUAAAUGACACAGAUCCUGGCAAGAGGACUUAUUACUUGCCACACCAUGCUGUGACGAAAGAAACUAGCAUCACUACAAAACUCAGGGUAGUUUUUGAUGGAUCCGCUCCGUCUAGUACUGGCUUGUCGUUAAAUGAUGUUCUAUAUAGAGGUCCCUAG